AUGACGCCUGUAUCGCCAUCCAAGUCUCUCCCACUCAGCCCUGAGAAAGACGCCAGUGUCAAGUCAUCGCCGUCCAAGGCCAAGUCCCCCAAUCGCCGACCUUCUCCGCGUAAAGAGGUUUCUCUGGCCAGAGAGCAUGAGGAGAUCGACUGGCUGAAGGGCAUGCGACCACAGCGACAACCAACUCCGCAACCCGAACGGGAUCCUGAGGGGAAUCCAACAAAAUCGCCUGAUGGAGGAGUUCUGCCACCCAUUGCGGAAGAGCUUUGUGAUGAGGAUAGCCCGCUAACACCCAUGGCAGAAGAAUUUGUGCUACCUGUUGCGGAAGAACCUAUCGUAGAGAACCCUUUAGCGCCCGUCAUCAUGGAAGAGUUAUUUGAACCUGCACCUCCGGUGAGGACGGCAGUAAAGGCGAAGAGAGCUCGAGGUCGCCCCAAGAAGACCGCGCAAGCUGGUAACGAGCAAUCCAAAGAGACGGGAGGAAGUAUAAAACAAUUUGUUAUGACUGACAAUGUGGUAAGGCGCAAUGCCGAGCUGCCUAUCCAUCCAAGACGUAGCGCAAGACGAGAAGAAAUGGCGAAGCCCAAGGAACCAAGCAAGACUGUUAAUUACACGCAAUGCAAAGGGGCUAGAGGAUGGGUAUAUGUUGAUGAGUAG